AAUCUCUGAGCUCCGGAUCGCUCCUCUCGCGCUCCGCUGAUGGACUCAUGAUUAUGAUGAUGAUGAUGAUGAAGGUUCAGGGAUGAAGAGGAUGUUCAGCCGCUCCAGAAUCAGUUCAUCAGCCGCUGCUUCUAUCGGAUGUACCGGAUCGAUGUGUUUGAUUGGAUAUGAAUGAUGAAUGUGUUCAGAGAUUUGAGCUGAUUGAAUCAAACUCGCUUCUUCACCAUGGAUCCGAAUCUUCUCACUCUCUUCAAACUUUCUCUGAUCCUCGCAGUGAACACGCUGAUGACGAGAGGUUUAUCAGACGCAGACGGCGUUGAUCUGUUGUUCACCCAGCGGCCGUGGCUCCUGCAGUGCAAUCAGACGCUCCUGCUGCUGGAGAUGGAGAGAUGCGGAGAACAAUUCAGUAUCGACAUGAAUCGUGUUCAUCCUGACGACAGAUGCAACCUCACACACUUCAUCAGAGAGUAUCACGUCUUCUCCUUCUGCACGGAGAUGAACGCCGAGCGUAUCGGCUGCUUCUGGCCGAACCCAGCGGUGGAGCGCUUCAUCAUCAGCAUCCACAAGCACUUCUUCUCCAACUGCAGCCUGGAGCACGUGGUGUUGGUCGACCCGCCGGACGACACGCUCACCCUCCUCAUCCUCGUGCCCGUCUUCCUCACGCUGGCCAUGGUGGUGCUGGUGGUGUGGUGCAGCAAGCGGAGCGACAUCCUCGCCUAGCCUGCGCUGGACCUUCACGAUGCUGAUGGACCUUGAAGAGGAGAACCGGUCAGACGUGAUCUCACUGAAGAGGAGCUCAUGCUCAUCUCCUUCAGAAGCUGGAGGCUUUAUUCCUCGUCUCGCUGCGAUCACUGAUGCUGAAUUAAUUCAGUGUUAAUAGAGAGCGUGAGUGAAGAUCUGUCAGGAUCUCUGGACGGACCAAAUUAAUCAUGUACUGUACAGCUAUUAUUUAAUGUUUUAAUUAAAUAACGUAGAUUUAGAGCAUUUGUCAAGCUCACACUGCCGUGUUUGUGGUUUUUGUUGAGGCUCUCAUCACUCAGUUUGACCGUUCGUUAUCAUCUCGACAUAAUUGCUGGUUCAUUUAUCAGCCAGUGAUUUCAGCUUUGGCUUGCAGGAGAAUCCUGCACCUGUUAUUGAGAAGAUGAAGACGUUCCUGCGAAACAAAAAGGAUUGGUUCAGACUAAAGCGGGACGUGUACGAAUGAGAAUCUGGUGAGAACGGCCCUCCACGCAGCCAGCGAGGCUGGUUUUAGGAUGACGGUAUUAUUUAUAUGAGAAGGAAAGCCGUGCAUUGUGUGUGACUUAGAGAUACAAACAAAAGACAAUAGUUGCUCUCAAGCGCCUGGCCUCGUGUUCUGCAGAAGAGCCGUGCAGAGCCAGAGCCGCUCGCGCCGCAGGAAGGAUAUACAAGACUUUCCCAGCGCAGCCGAUGAAUGAGAGGAAAUGGGCUGGUUAUGAUUUUCACCAAAAGAGCUACAGGAACCGCUGCCGUGUUCCCCAAACGUGUUCUGAUGGAGAACCAAACGCAGAGAUGAUGAUCGUCUGUGUGCGUCGUCUCGUCAGUCUGCAGUAUAGCUUCGUCUCCUGUGCAGAACAGCAGCCUGCAUUUAUGAUUUAUGUAUUUGAAUUGCAUUUUAAAAAUUUCCAUCGAUUUGGAUUUCACAGUUUUAACCUAAACGAACUAAUAAACUUAAAGUAAUGCAUAUUUCUCAGUCAUACAGCAUUGAAACGUCUGCACUCAAGAAAUCAUGAACUAUUCGCAUCUAUUUGAUUUUCUUUAAGUAGUCAUUUUAAAAAUGAAUUCAUUCAAAUGUCUUAGAAUCAGUUUAAAUCUGUUCAUUGUGAAAACAAUUAAUUUAAAUAAUCAGUUUAAAACAAUAACGGUGAAACAAGCAAUGAAUGAACCUAAACAAACUGGAUUUAUUGAUGAUAAAGCUGGUUAUUGUGUAUUUAAAUCACAUUGAGUUUAUUAACACUAUUACAGAAAUCUGACCUGCUUCAUUGAUGUAUGACUGACAGAUAUCAUCACAUUGAGUUUGUUAGUUUAAGUUAAAACUGAGCAGUCGAAAUGGAUGGAAAUGUAUAAGCAAUUCAAAUGCAUAAAUAUUAAAUUUAGGCCUGAAUCUGUGUCCUCAUAUAUAAAUAUAUUCCUGUAUGUCUGUGUGUUUUGUUCCGAUCAGGUCUGAGUCGACGGUCUGUUUCUCUGUUCUCAGUGUAUUAUUGGAAGUCGCCUUGAGAGUCCAUUGAGAUGUUUUCAGUGCCUCCAGCGCUCACUUCCUGUUUACUUUAGAAAUCCCACACUACUAAAGUUCACGCAGAAGCACAACGGAGCUAAGUUUAACUGGACGCACAGAUUUCCAUCACAUGAGCGUUUCUUCCAUCGUCCCGCUGCGGACGUGAUGUUCAUCUGGAACACAGAAUAAAUCAGAGAU